AUGUUAACUGACUCUGAAAGAAACUACACCGUGUGGGGAAAGCAGCUGUUGGCUAUCAGAGAUGCCUUUGAGGCCUGGAGGCACCAUCUGGAAGGGGCGCAACAUGAAAUUGAGGUGCGCACCGACCAUCGCAAUCUGGAGAGUCUACACACCUCCUCUGCUGAGGAUCUCCUGCAAGAACUUCAUGCUAUGCAACAGUUGCUCCAGGAACAACUGGAACGAGCUAAGGCGGAUUACAAAUGCACGGCAGAUCAGCAUCGGCAAGAGGGAGCCCCCAUUCAAGUGGGAGACAAGCUGUGGGUGUCUACGCGUUAUUUUCCUAUGCUUGGCCGGUGUCGUAAGCUGCAGGAUCGGCAUGUAGGACCCUUUGAGGUAGAGGCGCAGAUUAGCCCUGUGGCGUACAGAUUAAGGCUGCCUCCCACUUUCAAGAUGCACCCGGUCUUCCACUGGGCACUACUGACAAAGGACGUUCCUCCCAACCCUCAUUUUCCACGGGUCGAACCCACACCGCCGUUGUUGGUGGUUGGAGAAAUGGAAUACGAGGAGCAAGGAGGGGAGAAGCAUGAGUUUCAGGCGCCUCAGCUGCCAGAAGGCACAGAAGACCAGGGAGUUGUUGAGUCUGCUCGGGAUCUCAAGGGGGUCAGUGAACUUGAAUUCCAGCCAGUUCCCACGGGUGAUGUGAGCUCUGUAGAGAAGAGGGCGCUGCUCCCAGUUGCUCCCGAGGGCUCGUCAGGGGACGCCCCAGAGGUUGUGCCAGCUCCUCCCUUGCCAAGCAGUUCCCAGGAUGCUUCCAGCGUGACGCCGCCUCCUGACCUUGAGCCUGCAGUCCAAGAGCAGGUGUCUUCUGACGAGCCGUUGGAGAUGCGUGCCCCCUUGCCUCGUGCCCGCCACCAAGAGAAGCGGACAGGGUUCACCAUGACCUUCCCUAGAGAGACGAACUGGUCCUUGUUCACUUUAUUGGACAAACACCGACUUUCUCUCAGAGAAGCAGCAGGGGUAACACUUGGAAGCAGGCAUGAUCCCUUUGUUGCCUGUCAUAGCUGUGAGAUCUCUAGCUCCGAUGUUCUUAAAGCAAUUGAAAAAGUUGUUGAAGGUGUUAUCACAAGCCUGUCAAGAAAUGAAGCACCUGUUCUCAUCUUGAAUAACAGAUCUAAUUGGGGAAAUAUUUUGUUUAAAGAUUCUGUUGGCUUGCAGAUGACAUCUAAUUGUACCACAAGGAAAAUAAGAAGUGACUGUCCCAAAUCAGCACCAAAAUUUGCUCUAUUUCUUAAAAUGUUGUCUAUUAUCUACAAGAUGGUACAGACAAACAUUUAUGCAACUAAAAGAGAUAUAUUUUACACAGAUACAGUGCAUUUUGGAAACCAAAGAGUUGUGGACAACAUUGUCAAUGACAUUUCCUGUAUGCUCAAGAUACCUAGGAGGAGUCUACAUAUUCUGUCUACCAGCAAAGGUUGCAUUGCUGGUAAUCUAAGUUAUAUUGAGGAAGAUGGUACAAAAGUGAAUUGUACCUGCAGUACAACAGCAGCUGUACCAUCUAAUGUUGAAGGAAUGAAAAAUCUGAUCACAGAAGCAAAAUUUAUUCUAAUUAUAGAAAAAGAUGCAACUUUUCAGAGACUGCUGGAUGACGACUUCUGCAGUAAAAUGUCCCCAUGCAUAAUCAUGACGGGAAAAGGUGUACCGGAUGUCAACACAAGACUUUUAGUCAGAAAGUUAUGGGAUACAUGUCAUGUUCCUAUCUUUGCUCUCAUGGAUGGCGACCCACAUGGUAUUGAAAUAAUGUGUAUCUACAAAUACGGUUCUGUGUCUAUGUCAUUUGAAGCCCAUCGCCUCACAGUUCCAGCUAUAAGAUGGCUCGGUCUUCUUCCAUCUGAUUUUGCCCGACUGAGCAUACCCAAGAAUGCACUGAUUCCACUGACUAAACAAGAUCAAAGUAAACUGGCAAGUUUGCAGACAAGACCUUAUAUUGCUUAUCAAUCAACCUGGAAAAAAGAACUAGAUAUUAUGGCAACAUCUAAAAUGAAGGCUGAAAUUCAAGCACUGACAUCUUUCUCGUCUGAUUAUCUUUCCAGAGUGUAUUUGCCAAAUAAGCUGCAGUUUGGUGGAUGGAUAUGAAUAUUGACAACUGUUUAAAAGUUUCAUGAGGCAGAUUUAGUUCAAAGUUGUUAAGACAGAUCUUAUACAUUUGCAGUCCUCCUAACUGAAAAGUUGUGGAAUGAUGUUCACAGUUUGGGGGGUUAAAAAUGUGUCUGACUUUGUUUUUGCCUUUGAUUUUUUAAAAUUG